CCCGUGUUUUCCCACGUUCAAUACCUCCACCCUCCGUUGUUCUUGGAAACUGCGAAUGCCCCCAACACCGGACUUCUACUGUCGCUAUUGAAUAUGGCGAAUGAUAUCGAACUUUCUCUGCUGAGUGCCAAACAUGAAGACGGCGAGGAUGAGUUCUUCGAUGGGUCGAAGAGAGCGGAAUACGAGCCUUCCCAAAAUGGAGAAUCCGACUCGGACGAAGAGGACCUCGUAGUGGAUGAUGGGAGCCGGGCUCUUCUCCGAGGACAUACUACCUCAGAAACAAAAGAGAACGUGCAAAAUGACCGGUUAUGGCCUCAAAUCAGAGGAAUAGUCAUCGAGGGCGCUUCUACGCUGCUUUUCACCACUGUAGGGCUUUUAUUCACCGGGGAACUGCUCGACCAUGUCUCGCACUGGCACGCCAUGCUGGAGGUCGACCAACUGAUCAUGAUCAUCCCAGUCGUCCUCAACCUCAAGGGAAAUCUCGAGAUGAAUCUCUCCGCGCGCCUCGGCACGGCGGCCAACGUGGGAGAGCUGGAUGAACCGCAGGCCCGGCGCGAAAUUAUCGUCGGCAACCUCGCUCUUCUGCAGGUCCAGGCGGCGGUCGUAUCGUUCAUCGCUGCGGGUGUGUCACUUGUGCUGGGCAUCAUCAUCCCUCCUGCGGGAGCGGAAGUUUCUGUCCAGACACGGAAUCAGAGCACCCGGACAUCUGGUCUGCCAACAUUCGUUAUGGUCGCAUGCUGUGCUAUGGGGGCGGCAUCGUUAUCGAGCAUGAUCUUGGGGUCAUUUAUGUGCUCACUGGUCGUUGGGUGCAGAUAUCUUGGACUGGAUCCAGAUAACAUCGCGCCGCCCAUCGCAUCCUGUCUCGGAGAUCUGGUCACCCUCCUGCUCCUCGGUGCUGUUGCAACGACAUUGAUCUACGUCAUGCACACACCCAUUCCGUUCGUCGUCGCCAUCAUCGUCGCCUUGUUCGCCAUCUCGUGUGGGUUCUACGUCCGCCGGAACUCGCAUGUUGCCCCGCUGCUGACCCAGGGCUGGUCGCCUCUCUUUGGAGCGAUGAUCAUCAGCAGCGGCACCGGCAUCGUGCUGGACAUGUUCGUUACCCGGUAUGAAGGUUUUGCACUACUCGCAGUUGUCAUCAGCGGUCUGCCCGGCGCUGUCGGCUCGAUCUUCGCCUCGCGUCUCUCUACCAGUUUGCACGCCGCUGCAUACUCGCUUGCUCCCCCGGCAACCGCGGGCCCAGGCCCCACAAGACGAGAACCGUCGACGAAGGUCGUGAUGCUCGUCCUGCUCCUUGUCACGAUCCCUGUGGAGAUGAUCUUCCUCGGGAUCUUGGCCGGACUGAAUUGGCUACGACCGCCGGUUAUGUUUGUCGGGUUCUCAAUCGUGUUUUUCUGCACUGCUGUGGCAUCCUCUCUGCUCAUCGCACGGUGGCUGGUCAACUUUUUGUGGGCGCGCAAACUCGAUCCGGACAUGUACGCUCUGCCGGUGCACUCGGCUCUGAUGGACCUCAUCGGGCAGCUGCUUCUUGUGCUCUGCUACGAGAUCGUGUCGCUUUUUGGCAUAAAACUGAACAGCGCGAGGUAGACUGCCGCACAAAAUUUGACCUUAGCAUGGACGUAACAUUAUUUGUAUCUCACCGCAUUGUACAGUCACAUUCAUUUACCCUAGAAGCCAGUCUCUGAAUAUUAUUCAUCGAACCGAUGCAGUCAUAUCGAAAUUAGAAUCGGAUCGUUCCGCGGCAGGACACAGUUCAAGCGGCCAAUGCUGCAGCGAGCAGGCGCUUGAAAUUGGGCGUGCCCAUCCCACCUUCGAGCGCUCGUGGCAUCGAAACCGACCGACGAGGCAGGGCAGACGGAGCCCGAGUUGUGCCCGACAGUGAUAUCAUUGAAUGCACCGGAGUUGGCAUACAGGAACGGAUUCAGGAACCCGAGCACGGGCUUUCCCGCAGCGAUCAGGCGGUCAUUGAUGAGCGCAAUCAUGCUCGCGAAUGUGGGCGACGACGCGCUCGUCCCGCCGCUCAGCGCCAAGGCCCCCUCGAUGCCGAUCUGGAAGUUCACGGCCUGGAGGGCGACGUCCGGGUACCCGCGGCCGGUGCGAUUGAACGACGCGCUGAAGUUGGCCGGGACGGUCUUGAGGAAGGAGGCGACCUGCUUUUGCUGGUAUGCUGGCGCCGGGAACAUCGUGGAGAAUCCUCCGCCCGUGAAGUUGACGGCCGUCUCGGGGAACCCGAUGGUCCCCCCUACGGAGGUUAUGAAUGGACAAGUCGCGGGGAAGACCGGAGCCAGAUCGGGCAUGUCGCAGUCGUCCAGGCUGUCGUGGUUAUUAUGCACUCCACCCUGCGAUAGUGAGUUGACUUUGCGGGCUCUUCUCCAGAACGAACGAGACCCACAUCUCCAGAAGCAAAUAAGACCGAGAUACCCCGGGCACCAAGGGACAUGUAAGCAUUGCAAAGAGCGCUGCAGAGACCAUCAGAUGUAGUCCAGCGUGAAAUAGAGAACCCACUCGACUACAGUAAUGUCAAUGACUGAUUCGGUCAUGCCAUACGAUGUCGUCAUCACUGUUGGCGGAUUGCUGACGCCCUGGAGAUACGUUGUGGUGUCGAGCAGAGCAGUCAAAAAGUCAAAUUCUCCGACAGAGAGGAAUGUCACAGGCACCCCGGUGGCAAGUCCUUGCUUCACAUGAGGCCUAUGUGAGACGGAGGGACACGGACUGGUACUCACCAACGGUGUACUGCAUGUCCAAGUUGGCUUCCUCUCCCGCCCAGCCGGCGCCCUGCGGAUUUGAUCCCCCAUUGAUGUUCUGCAGGUUAAAUGUCGUCGUCGACGGGAUAUCCGGUCGGAGCUGUUCCAGGAACAACUGGC